AUGCCUUUCAGUCUCCUCACCGCCGUCUCUCGUUACGCGUACUCCGUUCUCAUGUUCGGUCUCCUGGGUUCCCUGCUGGGCUCGUCCGCUGGGAUGCUGUCCUUCCGUUGGGGAUGGCGAGAGAACAUGGGGCUGUACGUGGCCGACAGUUUGGGCGAUCUCGUCGACCGUUCUCCGACGCUUGGUCUCGUUCUCCUGGUCUUCCCUCCUCUCCUCUCUUUUCUCUGGGUGGGACCCCUCGGCUACUUCCUUUUUUGUCGCUUUUGGACUGCGCGCCGCCUGCGUCUGGACAGCGCUGGGCCGAGCACAAUCUACCAGGCUGAGGGACGGAACGGAGAUCGCCGCUGGUGCAAAUUCUGCAAGAUCGACAAGCCGGACAGGGCGCGUCACUGCAGGGCUGUGGGCCGGUGCUUGCCGGUUUACGAUCACUUUUGUCCGUGUCUUUGUGGACCCGUUUAUCUUGGAAGCCAGAAGGCGUACCUUUGGGCUCUCUUUUGGAUUCCUGUUCACUUGGCAUUUUCGGUCGGCAUGGGCGCUUGGCAGUUGUCUGUUAGGAGCCGGAAUGGUGGCCUGGAGAAAGCUUACCUGGCGGCUGUGGGAUUUUUUGGUCUCAUUCUGCCAUGGCUGGUCAACUUUGCGCGCGUCAAAUGGCGCGACAUUGUUUUCCGCAAUUCCAGACCGAAGGACCUUGAAGGCGUCUACGUGACGAUAUGGAAGGAUGGACAGCAGAAGACCAUUUCCUACCAGGCGUUAAACCCGUGGGAUUCUGGCUGUCGUCAAAACAGUUGGAUGAACAUGGGUCCCUGGUGGCAAUGGCCUCUCUUCUGGGUCGAACCUCCGAUCGCACGGAUGCUCCAGGACGGAACAGCGUGGGCGCCCUGGGUCUUGGAUGCCCAGCGAGCGAUGGGAGCAGCGCCUGAGCAGCCUGUUCUCAGCCCAGCCGUUACCGUACCUGCGCAUGCAGUCAAUCGCCGAGCUGGACACUCGAGUGAUAUUGAGGUUGAGAUGGACAACUUACCUCACCCCGGAAGCCGGAGCUUGACAACCUCCGCUUCCUAG